GGCUUUAGAGGCGGUCUAGAGCGGGGCGGCGGCGGAGGUGCGGCGGAGCCCCGGUGGCGGCGGCGGAGCCCAGUGAGUCCACUCUUGGCCGAAACAGCGAAGCGGAGUGAAGAAAACUAAAAUCUAGUAUAUUGGAUUUCAGUACUAUGUCCUAAAAGACAGAUAAUUUUCCACUUGUUCACCAAGAUGGAAAGCUCAGAUACUAACGAUAAAGGAAAUGACCAGUCUGCCGCUCAGCGCAGAAGUCAAAUGGAUCGAUUGGAUCGGGAAGAAGCCUUCUAUCAAUUUGUAAAUAAUCUCAGUGAAGAAGAUUAUAGACUUAUGAGAGACAACAAUUUGCUAGGCACCCCUGGCGAAAGUACUGAGGAAGAGUUGCUCAGAAGACUACAACAAAUUAAAGAGGGUCCACCACCACAGAGCUCUGAUGAAAAUAGAGCUGGAGAGUCUUCAGAUGAUGUAUCCAACAGUGAUUCUAUAAUAGAUUGGCUUAACUCAGUCAGACAAACUGGAAAUACAACAAGAAGUGGUCAGAGAGGAAACCAGUCCUGGAGAGCAGUCAGCCGGACUAAUCCGAACAGUGGUGAUUUCAGAUUUAGUUUAGAGAUAAAUGUUAACCGUAAUAAUGGAAGCCAAACUCCAGAAAAUGAGAACGAACCAUCCACUAGGCGUCUUAGUGUAGAAAACAUGGAAAGCAACAGCCAAAGGCAAAUGGAAAAUUCUGGAUCUGAAUCAACAUCUGCAAGACCAUCUAGAGCAGAACGCAAUUCAAAUGAAGCAUUAACAGAAGUGCCAUCCACCAGAGGUCAGAGGAGGGCAAGAAGCCGGAGCCCAGAACAUCGGAGAACCAGAGCACGAGCUGAAAGAAGUAGGUCACCUCUUCAUCCGACAAAUGAAAUUUCACGAAGAGCUCAUCAUAGUAUCUCACCUCAGGCCUUGGAGCAAUCUUCGGAAAAUGAGCCUGAAGGAAGCUCUAGAACCCGGCACCACGUGACCCUGAGACAGCAGAUAUCUGGACCGGAGUUGUUAGGUAGAGGUCUUUUUGCGGCUUCAGGAUCAAGAAAUCCCUCUCAGGGGACAAGUUCUUCAGACACAGGUAGCAAUAGUGAAUCCUCAGGAUCUGGCCAAAGACCUCCAACCAUAGUUCUUGAUCUUCAAGUAAGAAGAGUUCGUCCAGGUGAAUAUCGGCAGAGGGAUAGUAUAGCUAGUAGAACUCGAUCAAGAUCUCAGGCUCCGAACAACACAGUUACUUAUGAAAGUGAACGUGGAGGUUUUAGACGCACCUUUUCACGUUCUGAACGUGCAGGCGUGAGAACCUAUGUUAGUACUAUCAGGAUUCCUAUUCGUAGAAUCCUAAAUACUGGAUUAAGUGAAACUACAUCUGUUGCAAUUCAAACUAUGUUAAGGCAGAUAAUGACAGGUUUUGGUGAGCUCAGCUACUUUAUGUACAGUGACAGUGAUUCAGAGCCUAGUGCCUCAGUCUCCAGCCGAAAUACGGAGAGAGUAGAGUCACGAAGUGGAAGGCCCAGUUCAAGUGGUGAAAGUUCAGAAAGUAGCUCAGAGAUAUUUGAAGGCGGUAGUGAAGGAAGCGCAUCUGGCCCAUCCAGGAGAGAUGCUCGACAUAGGGCCCCAGUUGCAUUUGAUGAAAGUGGCUCUCUGCCAUUCCUUAGUUUGGCUCAGUUUUUUCUUUUAAAUGAAGAUGAUGAAGACCAACCCAGAGGACUCACCAAAGAACAAAUUGAUAACCUGGCAAUGAGAAGCUUUGGUGAAAAUGAUGCAUUGAAAACAUGCAGUGUUUGCAUUACCGAAUACACAGAAGGCAACAAACUUCGGAAACUACCUUGCUCCCAUGAGUACCACGUCCACUGCAUCGACCGCUGGUUGUCAGAGAAUUCCACCUGUCCCAUUUGUCGCAGGGCUGUCUUAUCUUCUGGGAACAGAGAAAGUGUUGUGUAACAAGAACAGAACUCUCAGCUGUGUAGCUGGAAUAGUGAUGGGCAAACAAAUCACCUGCUUUAUGUCCACUUUUUUUGAGUGGUGCUUAAAAUAUAAAGUCACAACCUGAAUUGAGUCAUUGCUUUCUUAGGGAAUCAUUCUUUUCUCUAGUUUCUCUUUCAGGAUGGAAAGAAUAUUUUAAAAGCAACAUUUUAGGACUUAAACAUUUGAUUUCGGUACCAGAUGAAUUGCUAAGCUGUUAUUGCUACUUUACCCAUGUCCACGUGUCAGGUUUUCCUUUGUUGUCUUAAGGGCUGCCUUAGCAGUAGCUCCUUUCUAUAGUCUGUAUUUGACCUCUUGAAAGUUUCCCAGGCCAUAAGAGAGGCAUGAAGAAAGGUUCCACUCAAGACUAAGUUCCAUUAUGUGUUUUGUAAAUGGUUACCUAAAACUGUACCAUUCCCAGUUAUUGACACAAAUUCAUUCACAUUCUGAAUAUUGUUUGUUCACCUUCCAGAGUAGGUGAUGAUGGACAUAUCAGUGUAAAUAACACUAAACAGUUAGGAUCUUCUAAGUGUGUUAACUGUCCUAAGCCCAUCACUGUGGCACACAAUAGAGCGAACUUAGAGUUUAAUUGAGAUAUUUAUCUUGUGGAAAUAUUAAAAAGCCUAUGCUUGUGUAAGUGAAAAAAAUCACAUUCAUUUGUUUAAAAAUGUAAAGCUAUUUUGUAGAGGCUCAGUACUUUUCCAAUGCACUGUUGUAUUAAUGCAUUCAAAAUUGUAAAGUACCAUGCUUAGAAAUGAGAACUGCUUUUUUUUGUGAGCCAGCAAGUAAAACACACCAAACAAAGUACAGAGCUGCUUUUGUAAGUGUGUAGAUGUCAAGAGCAGAACAUAUCUAUAUUUAGUGUCUUUGUGAACAGCUACUGUGACAUGGAAAGGAAAGGACCGUGCAGAAUCCAACUUGGAUUUAGGCAGGAAGUGAUACAUGAGGGUGAAGAAAACGACCCUGAAGAAUGGAACAUUUUCAUGAAGACAGUAAGUAAUACAGACAUGAACUGGAUUCAUAUAGUGAGAGCCACAGCAGCUUGACCCACUAUUCUGCUUGAAUAGAUAAAGCAGAAGAUCAGUACAUUUGGCAGAGCUUUCUUUGGUGUAUGAAAAAACAAACCACUACUACCUAGUACAAGUCAAAUUGAUGUCUUUACAUCUGCUCCUCAAAAAGUAGAGGAAAGAGACUUUUAGGCCAAUUUUAAAGUAAGGAUUUCAGUUGGUACAGAUGUGUGUGCUAUUGGAGAUGUCUCAGAUUUGCUUGUUUGAGACCAUCUAAGGUACCAGUGCACACUUUGUUGCUAAUUUCACUGCUAAUUUCUAGCAGAUCUAAUGGGCCACAUUUAAAGACCUAUUGUGGAUUAAGAGAUUUUUAUUUUUUAUUGAAAGUGAGUCAGGUUGGGUUAUUUGAAAUUCAAAUUUUAAUUGUGUUGCCUGUAUUUGAAGAUAAGAUGGCUGGCUCAUAUAUAUGAACACGCACUUUAUUGUUGUUUUGUAGGAAGAAUAGAUUGUGAUAACCCCAGUACUCUUGCCUCUUUUUUUUUUCUUUUGAGGCUGAUUAGGGUUAAGAUUAGUCUGGCUGUGGAGCGGAUAUGUAAAGUGUUUCUCUGGGGAAAGCUAACAGGCCAGAAGAGACCUGGAUUGAAGAUACACAAUCUUGGCCUAUAACCAAAUAAGCUAACUACCCAGGUUAGUCCAGUACUCUAGAAAAUGUUUUACAGAAAUCUGCUUUAAGAAUUACCUGCUUACCCUCACUGAUAUUGCCUUAGCAGUAAAGAUUAUUUCAAAGUACAUUCUUUCAUGUUUUCUUCUGGCUUUCAGUCCUACCUAAGUAUUAAGGAAAGUAAAUUGUAAAUAUGGUAGUUGUUUACAAAGGAUAUGUACUGCUCUUGCAAGGAAAUAAUGUCCAAACAAAGCUUCACUUAUUUUUUUUAAUAGAAGCAUAUUUCACUGUUUAUGGCGCUUAUGUAAUACAUUUUUAUCUUUUUAAGAGACUUGUCCAUGUAAAAGUCAGGGUUCCUUUAUAUUUGUGAGCCUCCUUGUCACCUUUCUAUUGUUUUCAGAUUGCCAGGAUAGUCCUGAUUAGGUAAAAAUACAACAAGUCCAUUUUCCUCUUGGUAAAAUGUUCCAUUUUAGGGGUGUUCAUUUUCUAUAGCUCAAAAACAGCUGCAGCACAUUCUAAACAGUGAUGGACAGCAGGCACCUCCCUAACCUCCCCAAAUGUAUUACUCAUUUCUGAAGUAUUGAAGUUAGAGGUAACUCAAGCAGGAUACUGGUUAUGAAUGUAGAUGUUGAAGCUAUUCAAAAACACUGGAAGUCAGUCUUUACAUUUCUAGUCUUCAGUAGAAUGCACAUGUUUGAAGUGCAUGUGGACCAUUUCAAGAAGCACUCACUGAUAUUGGGUUGUCUAGACGAAUACAAGUAUUUUUAGUGGGAGUUGCUUUUUAUUUUAGCAUCCACGGCUAUUCUAUAUUACUAGUUGCAGCUGUUAAAGAUAAGGUUGUUGGUGUAGGUGUCAGGUGUGCAAUGAAGAACAGGAAUCUUGGUUUCCUCACCAGUGUCCAAACACCUAUUGAGGGAACAUUUUCUUGCAAAAGACUUUACAUUUUGUUUUGUAUCUUCGCACUUUUUCUUUAUUACAGAAAGGUCCUGUGUUUAAGACCUACUUUGAACUUCAUGCAGUAAUAAUGUUGGGGGAUUACAUUGUUCAAAGCAUAGGGGAAAGUACUAAAGCCUGAUUUUUCUUGAAUACUUCAAAAUUUUUUAAUCCGCUUACUAGUGUAAAGGUUUGCAGUAUUGUUUUAUUCCACGCAGCUUACAAUGUUGAGAUUUAUUAGUGCUGAAAACAAAAUUUAACAAGUUAAAAAUGGCAGGCUGUUUGCAGUAACCCUGCAGAAAGAGAGAGCUAUGGUGGGAAUUUGGAACAUUUUCUCUGAAAAGAACAUGUUAGUUACACUACCAUGUCCUCCAUGUUAAUGGAAGUGGCUUUGGUGUUGGAACAGGUAAUUGUCAGAUUGAUAACAAAAUGUUAGUGCCAGGAGAUGCUCAGUCUUUAGGGACACAAUUGUUAGAAUCCAUCCAAGCUAGGAAACUGGCUUGCCCUGUUACCUUAAGCAAUAUUUUGCUUUUUUUUUCUUUCCUCCUGGGAAAACUUCAUUUCUGUGCCAAGUAGUCUGUGCUUUUGUCGAUGUCUAAUAGUUAUGAAGGGUUAGCAUUUAGCACACUUUGUAUUUAACCACCUGCUUCUAUGAGUCUCCAAAUACCCAUGUGAUAAGGUGGUCUAUGUUGCAAAAUGACUGUUAAAGGCCAUUUCUGACAGUUGGCUAGAAAUACAGUGGCACCUUGUGGUUGACUUUUUUUUUAAACGGGUGGAGGAUAAUUCUUUUGUGAAAGGAAAUAAUUUGUAAUCUGCCUUAGCUGAUUUGUUUUAAUGUUUUUUUCUGACUGGCUUCUGUGUCAUGUCUUACCAAAAAUAUGCAGUACCUGGAAGCCAUGUUCGCAGGGCACUUAGGUUCUUGGCUAAUCUUCUGUUCUGAUUUUUCACUCUCUCCUCUCGAAGUAUUCUUUCUGUACCUGUGUAAUGAGAUGGAGAAGGCACGUGUAAAGGUGUCUCUUUUUCCCCUUUAGUACAGUUCAGUAUGUUUAAUGCUCAGUAACAGUGUUGUAAUUGAGUUAACUAGUAAAUGGUUCUUUUAAAAAUUAUUUUUAAGUGUAUGUUGAUGGAUCAUACUUCACUUGGGAAGUAAAGUGCAAAGUCUGAGGAAAGAGUAUUUCUAAGUCCCAGUUUAAGCAAAUAAAAACAGCUGUAAGCUCAAUCAAUAUUCACCCUUUAAAUUUUUUAGCAUUCUGGAUUACCUUUAUUGAGGUAAGGUCUUGCCGUGUACUCAAAGCUGGCCUGGAGCUCUCUGUGGACCAGGUUGGCUUCAAACUUGUGGCAGUCCUUGUGCCUCAGCCUCUUGAAUGUUAGGAAUUCAGGUACUUAGCACUUGAUUCCUUUACCUUCACUGAAACAUUUCUAAAAUACUAUCGAACACUCCAGAAGUGAGUGGCCUCCUGUAAGUCACCAUAGUUUGCAUCUAAAAGCCUACAGCUUAGAAUAGAACUACCGGGGAUUUUUUUUUUUUUUUUAGGUAUCAGGUUUAUGGUUUUUUUUCAUGUCCAAGUAGAUGUCUGGAUUCAAAUCUUUAAAAGGUUACUGACCACUCAAAAUUACAGUGAGAUACAUGGGACUUACUGUUUUGGGUAUUUUGAAAGGGUCUUGUUUUGUAGCCCAGGCUGGCCUGGAAUUAGUGAUUCUCCUGGUUGCUGGGAGUAUAGGUGUGUCACCCCCACCCAGCAAGGAUUUGUUUACUGAAGUCCCACCGCUGCUUUAUAGUCAUUUGGGAAAGCAGCUAGAGAAGCGCAGUGACGGUGAGCCUGUCAUACCACUGUGCCUUGUUUCAAGGUUUGUCUCAGUUCUCAUUCUGAAGAUUGUUUCCAGCUGCAAGUUAGAGUCAAGCCAGCUGCCCAGCCUUAACUCUGUUCAGUGCCCUGUUACUAACAUUUUUAACAGAUUGGUUUCUACAUGUUUAAACUGUUUAGCAGUUGAAUUUUACCUCUUGAUAGUUCCAUUUGUCCCUGGUGCUGCUUUUAAAGGUAUAGGGCCCUGUGAAGUGUCCAGUGGAGUAGGUACGCAGUUGGCCUGGUUCUGAAAAAGCUGCUUUGGAAUAGAUGUUUACUUGGGUUCCUGUACAGAACUGGGCAGCAAUCCUGGAAAGCUCUGUAAAGCCCAUAAGAAAGGAUUUGAAGAGGGCUGCCCUUAAGUCUCUGAACAUGAAGCAUAUGUGUGCAGGCUGUCAAAAGGCUGGAGUUACUGUCACACCAGUGCUUUCUGACCUCCAAGAGACACUUUCAAAAGGCAACAGGAGCACCAAGGGAAGUGAAUUUGCUUGGCUUGCUUUGUCUGCUUUCUCAUUUCCUUACCAUUUAAACCUGAACGAAACACCCUUCUCCGGUAUCUGAUCCAGCAAACUCUUGGUUGGGAAGCCCUGUGUUGAAUUUUGAGAAUGUACCCAACUUUUUGUACAGUGCUUUACACCUGCUAAAAUUUAACUUGUUUGAUGCAGAACGAGACCUUGAAAGGUCAGUCAUUAAAUUUGGUUUGAUUAUUAAUAGCUAUCUUUUAGGAAGAAGCUUUUUCCCUAUGUACGAUGUCAUACUGCAGACUUAAAAUAUAGACUAUCAAUAAAAUGCAUGAAGUAAU